AUGUGUCCUCGCUUGUCUUUGACGCUGUGUUGGAUCUCCGUCAUACGGGUUGUUUGGACGUCGGUUCCCGACUUCCAAUCUUUCGAAUUUGCAGCGGACUACAAAGCUUAUUGGCUAAAUGGUAUUGAGCACGAACGAGUUCAGCGUUACAAUGACUUAAUGAAAAGCGUGCCGGAAGAGGCAGUGGUAGAUUUUAAUACCUUUGAUUUGGUUGUCGAGAGUAGGUUGACAGAGACCUCCUGA